AUGGCAUAUCUUGCCCCUAUCCACCGGCCGAGCAGCGUGCGCCAUGCAAUUAAGUUGAAUCUUCUAGACCCCAAAGAGGAAUGUUUAGUCCUUGCCAAGGCAAAUCGGGUCGAAAUAUGGACUCCAGGUCCAGAAGGUCUGGUAAUGCUUCACAGCAAAGCCAUCUAUGGACGCGUGUCCAUGUUCGCAAAGAUCCGCCCCCAGGGCUCCGAUGUCGACCACCUCUUUAUAGGCACAAUCCGCUUCCAAUACUUCACUGUAUGCUGGAACCCCACCACACGAGAAUUCGACACCGUACACUCAUUUGUAGAUCUUACGGAAAGGCAGAUGAAGGAUUCGCAGAGCAGAGAUCUGUGUAAUGUCGAUCCGACUGGGAGGUACCUGACUAUAGAGCUCUUUGCGGGGGUUAUGAAUCUUAUCAAGGUCAAACAACCUAGGAAAGGAGUCCGGAAGGCAGACAAUUAUCUGGAUAAGCCGGAACAAGUACGGAUUACAGAAUUGCGGGUCCGGGCGUCGACGUUUCUAUACACCGAAUCAGAUAGACCAAAAAUUGCAUUCUUAUUCCAGGAACCGAAGGGCGAAGUCAAGUUGGCUACUUAUAGGCUGGUGGAUGAUAAAGGUGCCUUUAUGACUUUUGAACCUCAGAAGGACCGAGAGGAUUACGUUCGAGAUCUGGAUAUAGGGGCCAGUCACCUUAUCCCGGUGCCGAAAGGCGAGGAAGACCACAAGAGAUAUAUCGUCAGAAAUGCAACUUCAGUCAAAGCACAACUAGGCGGUGUUAUAGUAGUGGGGGAGACGAAAAUGACAUACCUUGACGAUGAAAGUAAGGCGGUGAUCCACCAUAGCUUGAAAGAGGCAUCGAUAUUUGUUGCUUGGGAGAAAGUUGAUGAUUUACAUUUCCUGCUGGCGGAUGAUUAUGGAACUCUGCAUCUUCUGACGCUUAUUGUUGAUGGUGCUGUGGUUUUGGGCAUGGAUGUUGUGAAAUUGGGGAAAACGACCAAGGCUUCCGUCAUGGUGUAUAUGGGUGGCGGAAUUCUUUAUAUUGGCUCACACUCAGGAGACUCACAAGUGAUCCGGUUGGGGGAUCUCGAUGGGGAUGGUGUAAGCCUGGCGAUUCUACAGACCUUGCCAAAUAUCGCUCCGGUUUUAGAUUUCGCUGUCAUGGACAUGGGAAGCCGAGAAGGAGAGACUCAAAUGAACGAAUACUCUUCGGGACAGGCACGAAUAGUUACUGGGAGUGGAGCUCACGAGCAAGGCAGCUUGAGAAGUGUUAGAAGUGGUGUUGGUCUAGAGGAUAUUGGAAUUCUGGCCGAUAUAGAAGAAGUACGAGGGGUGUUCAAUCUGCGUUCGAAUAAGCAGUCUCAGGCAGACGAUACUCUUAUCGUAUCGUUUCCCAUGGAGACACGGGUCUUCACAUUCGAUUCCCAGGGGGAGAUCGAAGAAGUCGAGUCCUUCAGAGGCCUUGCGCUAGAUCGACAUACACUUCUAGCAAUAAACCUCCCGGGUGGGACGUUCCUACAAGUCACACCUGACUCAGUAACAAUACUUGGCCAGGGCCGCCAGGCUCAAUGGAAUCCACCUACUGGACAGUCUAUUACAAAUGCGUCCGCCAAUGAGGGUCAUGUAUUACUUUCAGUCAACGGACUUACACUAGUUUCGCUGGACUUACAGCAAGAAUUAAAGGAAGUUGCUGCGCAAAAUCUCAGCAACGGCGACCAAGUUGCUUGCGUUCACGUACCUUGUGAUAUUCUAGGCUUCGGAAUAGUAGGAUUGUGGAAGUCGGGCUCUAUCUCUAUCCUCAACCUCGCAACCCUCGAAGUCGUCCAUUCCGAGGAUCUGCGCCGGACUAACACGACAUCUAUACCUCGAGAUAUUGUCAUGACACAGAUACUUCCGAAGGCUGUUUCUGGACCCCAUCUCUUCGUUGCAAUGGAGGACGGGAUUGUUCUGACCUUCAACGUGGACAAGGAGACAUUCCACCUAUCGGGCAGGAAGAGCGUAGUCCUCGGAACGCAACAAGCUCACUUUCAAGUCCUACCUCGAGAAGACAAUCUUUUCAACAUAUUCGCAACUUGCGAGCACCCCAGUCUAAUAUAUGGAACAGAAGGACGAAUAGUCUAUUCUGCAGUCACUGCAGAGAGCGCCGUGUGCGUAUGCUCCUUUGACAGCGAAGCCUAUCCAGGAUCGAUAAUUGUUGCCACCGCAGAAAAUAUCAAACUCUCCCAAAUAGAUACCGAACGCAGAACUCACGUCCGGACAUUACACAUGGGCCGCAAUGUUAGACGAAUAGCAUAUUCUAAAACCGAGCGAGCCUUUGGCAUUGGCUGUAUAGAACGGAAGUUGGUUCGAGGAGUAGAGACGAUCGCAAGCAGCUUCUCGCUCGUCGAAGAGGUCAACUUUGGCGAACUAGGAGAGCCAUUCUGGCUCGAUGGCGAACAUGGUCAGGAACUCGUCGAAUGCGUGACGCGUGCUGAAUUACCGACUGCGUAUGGAUCUCAUAUACCCGUGGAGAGAUUCAUCGUUGGCACGAGCUACGCCGAGGAAGACAGACUUGGCGACACGAACGAACGAGGCCGCAUAUUAAUCUUCGGCAUCGAUAGCUCCAGAACCCCUUACCUGGUCGCGGCUCACACCCUCAAAGCCUCAUGUCGAUGUGUUCGCAUUCUGGACGGGAAGAUAGUAGCAGCGCUGGUGAAAACGGUGGUCGUCUACGACUACACGGAAACCACCGAAAGCUCCGCAGCUCUCACCAAGCUCGCCACCUACCGCACCUCAACAUGCCCUAUAGACCUGGCCGUCACAGGCAACAUCAUCGCAGUCGGAGACCUCAUGAAAUCCGUCUCCCUACUAGAAUACAUUCCCGGCCUCGACGGCCUCGAUGCCAAACUCACCGAAAUAGCGCGGCACCACCAAGCUUCCUGGACUACAUCCGUCGUACACCUAGAAGACGAGAGCUACUUGCAAAGUGACGCAGAGGGGAAUCUGAUGGUUCUUGCCCAUAAUCCGGGCGGUGUUACACUAGAGGAUCGCAAGAGGCUGGAGGUCACGAGCGAGAUUAAUCUAGGGGAGAUGGUUAAUAGGAUACAACGUGUCAAUGUGGAGCCCACUCCAAAUGCUAUCGUGGUCCCGAAAGCAUUCCUCGCAACCACCGAAGGUUCAAUCCACCUAAUAUCCCUCAUCGCCCCCUCAUCCCAAGACCUGCUCAUGCGCCUACAAACCCGCAUGUCAGAGCUCAUAACCACACUCGGCGACAUCGACUUCAACCUCUACCGCUCCUUCAGAUCCGCCGUGCGCGAAACGGCCGAGCCCUUCCGCUUCGUGGACGGCGAGUUGAUCGAGCGCUUCUUGGAUGUCGAUGAGGAGACGCAGGCGCGCAUUUGUGAGGGUCUCGGGCCGAGUGUCGAGGAUGUGAGGAAUCUUGUCGAGGAGUUGAAGAGGGUUCAUUAG